AUAGGUAGCAGACGUCAGGAAGACAUUUUCUAAAGUCGAGGUAGCUCGUCAUCUGCUAGACGGUGAAAGGAAUGAAUGACUUUGUUCCAUAAUGAACUUAGUGGUAAUAGUCCUACAACGCUUGCUAGCGUAACAUUGCGCAGUAUUUUUGAUUAGUUGAAGUUAAUCGAUUAUCUAUUAUUACCAAAAAGUUGUUCUUAAAAUGCAAGGGUGCAUUUAAAAUGGCGCUGGGUGACUCGAGUGAAGUGUCAAAGGUCGAUUUUUCUGUUCCUUUUUUUUCGCACUUAUAUACGCAUUAAUAAUUUUGCUCUGUCAAUUAGAUUCGAAGAACAGAGCUUUCUUUAUAUAAUCGGAACGUGUUUCGUUCGAGAAUCUUCGUUGACACAAAGACAAUUUCCAAGGAGAGAUGAACGCUCAUGAUGGAGGUUGUUGUUGACCUGUUUAAUAAGUUUAAUGAGAGCCUGGGAACAUAUACUUUCUCAAGAUUGAUAGGUCAAUUUAUCGAAAAAUAUCAAACAUCAGCUACCUUAUUCGUUGUUGCUGGUUGUUCGUUAUUUAUAAUUCUGGUAGGAUUAAUAAUUAUAUUAAGAAAAUGGAAGAACAAAGAAUUUCUACCCGAGGUCAAGCAGUUUGUGGGUGUUGGCACUGGCAAGCCAAGAUUCAGGAAGAGAGACAAAGUUCUCUUCUACGGCAGGAAGAUGUUGCGAAAAGUCAAGUCAAUAAGUGGCCAGGUACAUCCAACGGGCCAAGGAAAAAAGCGUCGAGCUGUUAUGCGAUUUGCUAGAAGGCUUUUGCAACUGAAGAAGGAUACUGUGCCGCAACAGCUUAAGGUAUUGGAACCACCAGCUGAGUACCUUGAGGAAGAUUUAGGACCUGGAGAAAGAGUUCCGCCAGACGCACUCUACAUGCUCCAGAGCAUAAGAGUGUUUGGUCAUUUUGAAAAGCCUGUCUUCCUCAAACUUUGCAAACACACUGAAAUCAUGAACUUAGCAGCUGGAAGCAGUCUAUUUAAAAUUGGAGAUCCCGAUGAGAAUGUUUUUAUAGUACAGCAAGGUUUGGUAAAUGUAUUCAUCACAGGAUCGGAUGGCUCUCAGAUCUCAUUGAAAUUGGUGAAGACAGGAGAGUCAGUUACCAGUCUCUUAAGUUUUACUGACGUACUUACCGGCCAUACUAGCACCUACAAGACUGUGUCUGCCAGAGCAGUGGAAGAUUCUGUUGUAGUCAAAUUGCCAAUGCACGCAUUUCAAGAGGUCUUCCAAGAUCAUCCAGACGCAUUCAUUCGAGUUAUCCAGGUCAUUAUGGUUCGCCUACAACGCGUGACAUUCACAGCCUUGCACCACUACCUCGGUCUUUCGGCAGAGUUAGUCAACCAGGGUUCACAUAAAAAGAAACAGAGUCCAUUUUCCGGGUCACCUGUGCGCUCGAGGACCCGGGAGAGUUUUCCCGGACACAACGCGGAUAAUGUAUCCAGUAUGUAUACCGGAAAUGAACACGAAGGCAGUGAGAUGUUCCACAGAGACUCGUCGAACAUCAUCGGCUCACAGCCAGUUCCCAUCCUGGUAAAUCGCAAGUCGAAGAACAAUCUUGACUGGAAGGGUCAAAGUUCGAGUCCACAACCCAGCCAAAUCACUCCGGACAUGGUACCAGAAUGCGAUUCUCACUGGUCCGGUUCCUCCGGAACAAACUACCAGCAAGGAUCUCUUCAAGGUGGUGCACCAGAUAUUAUGUAUUCGGGAUCUAGUUACUCUAGGAAACGGUCGACGCACGAGGGUCCUCAACAACAGCUGGACGAGGCACAGCUGGUGCAAAUUGCCACAGAUGCAUUCGUAAAGGAAUUUGGCUUAGAAGAUGAUUCGGUUCUUAAGGAUGGGAAAGUCCAAAUCCGGGAAGUGCCCGCCGGUACUUAUCUUAUGAAGGAGGAGUCACACAAGGACGUAGCCCUGGUCUACGUUCUAUCCGGAUGCUUGCUAGUGAGUCAACGCGUUGCAGAAGGUCGAGAUGCUGGUCAGGAAGUCCACAUGUUCACAGCGCAUCAGGGUGAAAUAGUAGGUGGUCUCGCAGUGUUAACUGGUGAACCAUCCUUCUAUACCAUACGCGCAAAACAUGCGAGUCGGAUAGCCUUGUUAUCAAAAUCAACAUCCUUCGCCAUCAUGCGAGAAAAACCCAACGUUGUUCUCCACGUAGCCAACACCGUAGUGCGAAGACUCAGUCCAUUUGUCAGACAGGUGGACUUCGCGCUCGACUGGCUCUUCCUCGAAAGUGGCAGAGCAGUUUAUCGCCAAGGCGACGAGUCCGACUCUACGUUCGUAGUCCUAAGUGGCCGUUUGAGAUCCGUGAUUACCUACAAGAACGGCAAGAAAGAACUGGUGGCUGAAUAUGGUAAAGGAGACCUGGUGGGCAUAGUAGAAAUGGUCACCCAGACACCAAGAUCCACAACGGUCAUGGCUGUUCGUGAUUCCGAAUUAGCCAAGUUACCAGAAGGUCUCUUCAACGUUAUCAAGCUUAGAUAUCCUAUUGUAGUCACCAGACUGAUUAAUCUACUCGGACAUCGUAUACUGGGAUCCUGGCAAGCUAAAAAUGGCACCAGUGACACACAACGACAAGCAGCUACUGUCGAUGCUCGUCCAUCCCAAGUAAAUUUCUCAACAGUAGCCAUCGUACCAAUCUCAGAGGAUGUUCCUCUGACCGCAUUCACUUAUGAACUGUAUCAUUCACUAUGUACUAUCGGUCCAUGUCUAAGAUUAACGUCGGAUGUCGUCCGCAAAACCCUGGGCACUUCUAUAAUGGAGCCAGCUAACGAGUACAGACUAACCUCAUGGUUGGCACAGCAAGAGGAUCAGCAUCGAAUAUCCCUGUAUCAAAGCGACUCCAGUUAUACCCUCUGGACGCAGAGAUGUGUUCGUCAGGCGGACUGUAUUCUCAUCGUAGGUUUAGGAGAAUGUCCACCAAGUCUGGGUCGCAUUGAACGUGAGGUUGAACGUUUAGCUAUGCGUACACAGAAGGAAUUAGUUUUACUACACAGAGAACAGAGUGGUCAGCGCCCAUCGAAUACCGUCCAAUGGCUGAACAUGAGAUCUUGGGUUUCUAGUCAUCAUCAUAUACAGUGUCCCAAGCGGAUGUUCACUAGAAGAUCUCAAUACCGCAUUAACGAACUAUAUUCAAAGGUCUUAAUGUCAGAGCCCAAUGUGCAUAGUGACUUCAGCCGAUUAGCUCGCUGGCUCACAGGCACCUCCGUCGGCUUAGUUCUAGGAGGUGGUGGUGCACGUGGAGCAGCUCACAUUGGAAUGCUCAAAGCUAUCCUAGAAGCAGGCAUCCCUAUUGACAUGGUCGGCGGUGUCAGCAUCGGGGCCUUCAUGGGCGCACUCUGGUGCAUGGAAAAAAAUAUUACUACAACCACGCAAAAAGCUCGUGAAUGGUCAAAGAAAAUGACUCAAUGGUGGCGACAAAUGCUUGACCUGACUUAUCCCAUGACGUCGAUGUUCUCUGGAAGGGAUUUUAAUAAAACUAUACAGGCUACCUUCGGGGACACCUACAUAGAAGAUCUCUGGCUUCCGUACUUCACCAUAACGACAGACAUCACCGCGUCUUCGAUGCGCACGCACACACACGGCUUGCUAUGGAGAUACAUUCGAUCCAGUAUGACCAUUGCGGGUGUUUUUCCUCCCGUAUGCGAUCCUCUCGAUGGACAUCUUUUGGUCGACGGGUGUUACGUUAACAAUGUACCAGCUGACGAGAUGCUCAGGCAAGGAGCCCAUCACAUCCUGGCCAUCGACGUUGGAUCUCAGGAUGAUACGGACUUGACUAACUAUGGAGACUCACUUUCGGGUUGGUGGUUACUUUGGAAACGAUGGAAUCCAUUUGCUACUCCUGUCAAGGUUCCUAAUCUACCGGAUAUCCAGACCAGGUUGGCUUACGUUAGCUGCGUCCGACAAUUGGAAGAGGUUAAGUCUUCGGAUUACUGUGAGUACAUCAGGCCACCGAUAGACAAGUACAAGACCCUUCAGUUUGCCAAUUUCGAUGAGAUCAAAGACGUCGGUUACCAACACGGAAAAACUUACUUUGAAGGUCAGUCUAAGGCUGGAGUACUGCCAAGGUUUAAUGCCGACCGGGAACAUGCCAGAGCGAUGCGUGCCAAGCAUCAAGCAGCCAAUGAACAGUCUAUAGCCGCGUACACGUUUACGGAUUUAGCGCAAAUGGUCUGCAAAGUCUCGACAGGAAGUCGGUAUGUGGAUUUGGACCUGGACUCGGAUUCAGAUGAGUUAGAAGAGUAUGAAGCUGAUCUAGAGGAAGACGCACAGGAAGUAGGAUACGCUUCUGAACCUACUGCUGGAAUUUUGGAUCAGAGUCCUCAGGAUAGUCGGCUACGGAGAAGAGCAGGUGUUUCUCUAAGUCUAUCUGAUACUGAAGCAGAAUCUGAACUGGAAUACCACCCGAAGAUAUUUUAACACGAGGAGUCAUUGAUGAGCCUUGUAAAAAUAGUGAAUCGGAAAAUCAAGAGGUCGUCGGAACUUCUUUUUGAGUAUGUAAAUCAAUCGAACAUUUAUUAUUAUUAUAAAAAAGUCCGGAGUGCGAAACAAAUGUUCGUAAAAAAGUACAAAAUAAUUGUCGACUGUAUUGAACAAUGCAAGUGUCCAGCAACUUGUUUCGAUAUCGCAGUGAAACUUGCCGUAACGGCAUGCUAGUAAUUGAUGCGAUCAUUGUUACAUUAUUAUUAUUAAUUAUUAUAAGAAUAUAACUGUUCUAUUUCCACAAAAA